AUGCCUCUCGACACGUCCACCUACUCGCUCGCGCUGCUGCGCGUUGACGGCCGCCGCUGGAACGAGCUGCGCCGCCUGCACGCCCAGAUCCGCACCCAGGACGCCGCCGACGGCUCCUCGUACCUCGAGAUGGGCCACACAAAGGUCAUGUGCGUCGUAACGGGGCCCUCGGAGCAGCAGCAGCUCCUCCAGCAGCAGAGGCGCACCGGCGGCCAGGGGGGCCAGCGCGAUGCCGCGUCCAUCAACGUCGGCGUCAGCGUCGCGGGCUUUUCGAGCGUCGACCGCAAGAAGCGCGGGCGCAAUGACAAACGAAUUCAAGAAAUCGAAAUCACAAUCGCCAAAACGCUCGCCUCGACCAUCCACACGCACCUCUUCCCCCACUCGGCCAUCAACGUCUCGCUCCACGUCCUCUCGCAGGACGGCUCGCUUCUCGCCGCCCUCCUCAACGCCGCCACCCUCGCCGUCAUCGACGCCGGCAUCCCCAUGACCGACUACGUCGCCGCCUGCACCGCCGGCUCCACCUCGACCUACGCCGCCGCCGACGACGCCGCCGACCCGCUGCUCGACCUUAACGCCCAGGAGGAGCAGGAGCUGCCCUUUCUCACCGUCGCCACCCUCGGCGACUCAGACCGCGUUGCCGUCCUCGUCUGCGAGAGCCGCGUCCAGGUCAGUCGCCUCGAGGGCAUGCUCGUCGUCGGGCUCGACGGCUGCAAGCAGGUCAAGCAGUUCCUCGACAAGACGGUCAAGGACAAGGGCGUCAAGAUGAUUCGCGAGGGCGCUGCGCAGAAGAGCGAUGCAAUCACUAUGGACUUGGACGGUUGA